AUGAAACGUGGAUUCUUGAAGAAACUUGCUGGGCUGGACGAUCCUACUGUCAGAGGAUUGGCCGACCCGAAGGCUGACAGUGAGGUAAAGUUCACCGAGCCUGAAGCUGCGUUUGCUACGACGUCUGGAGCGGCGACACUGGCUCUGAGGGGACAACAGAGGUCACAGGCCCAUCGAGUCGAAAAGCAGCGACUACCCCUCAGCGCCGGCAGCGCGGCGCUCCCUGAGGAUGCGCCACGCACUGGUAAGGCGGCCGCUCGAGCGGAAGUGGACGAGUUCGGGCUCCGGUUCGGGCUCGAUUGGGAUACAGACGCAUACAAUACCCUCUGCCUCGUGUACAAUGACAAUCUCCGCCGGCUGCGAGCGCACCCGGGGUACGAGACGUACAUCUCUCCCGAGCUCUGUAAGAAGAAUGCGCGAAAUGUCGAGAUCGUGUCCAUUGACGGGAAGGGACUGGGUUUGCGCGCGAAGCGCGAUUUGGGACCUAGGCAGUUGAUCCUCCACGCCUGCGUGGUUGGCUGGGCUACCCGACUGGAUAAACGAGUUGCUCCAGAUCAAUACCCGACCUUGCUCAAGCUGUCUAAUUGUCGUCCUGGGGAAAACGAGUUGCAUGGGAUCAUAAACACGAACGCGUUCCCUACCGAGUUGCCGUUCGAUGAGGAUUCUGUACAGAGUGUGGUGUACGACUGGAUGUCGAGGACGAAUCAUGAUUGUACGCCUAAUGCCCAGGUGUCGUGGGACUACGAGUCGUUCUGCGGGAGUGUGUGGAGCACCAGACUGAUCAAGCAGGGCGAGGAGAUCACGAUCUCAUACACCUCCAUAUUCAAGUCUGCGGAGGAACGUAAAUCUGACCUGAUGGAAAAGUACCACUUUGAGUGCAAGUGCCGAGCGUGCACUCUGCCGAAGAAGAAACAGCGCGUGUCGGAUGAACGGCGGGAGGCUCUGAGCCGGCAUAUGGGGGAGGGGAAGUGUGAGGAGUGUGCGGAGUGUGCGGUCCAGAAAGGGCAGGACGUUAGAGCUAUCCUGGGGAUGUUGGAUGCUGAGUGCAUGGAAAAGGGUACGAUGCUGGAUCACUUUAUCGCCCAGGAUGUGGUGGAAUGCAAGGUAGAGAUUCGGCGUUAA